AUGGGAGGGUCGUCGCACGGAUCCAUUUCUCUGUCGGAGUCUGGGCUCCUGGAUCAAUGUGCAAAGUAUGCUGUUCAGGAGGGUGUCGAUGAUGACACUCCCCUAGAACACCGCUACUUCCAGCUGUAUGGUGAUCCAGCCUAUGGCGUUAAUCCUUUUCUUGUCUCCCCAUUCUCUGGCCCGGGGCAGUGUACCGAUGCAGAGCAAGAGUUGAAUUCCCGUAUGUCUGGUGCCCGGAUUGAGGUUGAGCACGGUUUUGGUGUCGUUCUCACUACAUGGCCUUUUCUGUAUACAUUUUGGAAGCAUAGACUUUACCAGUCACCGAUCGGUAGAUAUUACCGUGUCGCUGUCUUGUUCACUAAUGCCCGGAACUGCUUUCGUCCUAACCAAACCGCGCUGCAUUUUGAUUGUCGCCCACCAGAGCUCCGUGACUACUUUCAUGCGUAG